AUGGAGGUGGAGCGGGAGAGGUCCAAGACUACUCGAUUGGGAUGGAGCAAGAUUUUGACCGUCACCAUGAUCUGCUUGUUGACAGCUUGCCUGUUUGCGGAUCAGAACUUGAUGGCGCCCAAUCUCACAGCGAUAUCACAAGAGUUCUCCUUCACACCUCAGCAACGGGACGAAAAACUCGGCGGGGAGGUUGCGUUUGCGUUCUUCCUGGCUGGCGCUCCCAUCGCCCUGUGGAUAGGAUGGCUAGCAGACAAGAUGCCAAGGAAGUGGUUGUUCUGUGGAGUAGUGAUCCUAGGGGAGGGACCGGCGCUGGCUACCUUGUGGGUGAAGUCAUACCACGAGCUCCUCUUCCUGCGGGCCCUGACAGGCAUCGCUGUCGGGGGGGCUCUACCUCUGAUAUUCUCUAUGUUGGGUGAUAUGUUCGAGAACGAGAGGAGGAACGUCGUGUCUGCCAUAGUCUCCCUCUCCCAGGGGUUCGGCAUCAGCAUCGGGCAGUUCAUUAGCGGGGUGGUCGGGCCCCAGCAUGGCUGGAGGCUUCCUUUUGCCAUCGUCGCUGUGCCCUCCAUAGUCUUCACCUGCCUCGCAGCUCUGUGCAUGACUGAGCCUCAACCAGCACUGUACUCCGUCCCUUCCUCCUUCAUCCGUCCUCGUGUCCCUCGCUCAAUCCUUCGCUCGCUCGCUCGCUCGCUCUUUCCUCGCUGCCUUCUUCCCUUUGCCGGCCAGUCUGUCUAUCUGCCUGCCUGCCGUGCUGACCAGCUCCCGCAGGCUAUUCUGACGGCCUACAACGUCGGGGGCAUGGGGGAGGAAGAAGGGAAGGGAGAGGAGGAAAAGGAGGGAGUGACGAAGGUGAUUCAGAUCGGGGGGCUAGUAGGGCAGAUCGUCUACAAUCGCAACUCAACUUACGUCGGCGUGCUGAUGGCGAGCACGACGAGUUUAGGGAUCUUUCCUCUCAUGUACCUGCUCAACCUCCCAGAAGACCCUCCUGCCGUCCCCGUCCUCUGCGUCAUCGCAUUCUUCGGGGGAGUCAUCGCAUGCGUGACGGGGGCGAACAUACGAGCCGUCCUCCUCAACGUGAACGCGCCGGAGACGAGAGGGUCAGCGUUUGCCGUCUACACGCUCAUGGAUGACCUGGGGAAAGGCUUCGGCCCUGCCGCGAUCUCGGGCUUGAUCGCGCUCAGCGGCGGGAGGCAAGCAGCCUUCAACGGAGCUGUGCUGGUCGGCUGGAGCUCCUGCGCCUUGCUGCUGCUGUGCAUCUGCUUGACAUUGCGCAAGGACGAGCAGAAGCUGCAGCAGCAGAUCAAGUUGGGGCAGGGGGCGACGAGAUGCUGCUUUGUGUAG